AUGGGUUGUGUCAAACAAUCGCAAGGGAAGAAAGGAAAGUUAGAAAAAGUGAAGAGAAGAAGGGAGAGAAGGAGAGGGAGAGAAAAGAAGAAGGGAUUGGGCCGGCGCAUUCAUUCAAAUGAGUCGAACAACCACCUGCUGCUGUCGUGA